AUGGGACCUUUGCUUGGUGUUGGUAACAGGAAAACGCUAGACAUCGAGGAUGUUCCUGGAUUAGAUGUUGCUGAUAGUGCUAAUGGUAUCUACCCAAUUUUUAGAAAUAAGCUUGAAUCUUAUUGUGCCGGUAGUGAAGUAAAUACGUUCAAACUAGUUAAGGCAAUAAUCUACUCGGUUUGGCGAGAAGUUGCAGUGACAGCUUUACUAGCAAUGAUUUACACAGUUGCUACCUAUGUUGGGCCUUACCUUAUUGAUACCUUUGUCCAAUGUCUCAAUGGCCAUCAAGAAUAUAAUCACGAGGGUUAUGUUUUGGUGUCUGUAUUUUUCCUUGCAAAGCUCGUUGAGUGCCUUGCACAAAGGCACUGGUUUUUCAUGCAGCAACAGGCUGGUGUAAGAGUCAAAGCUGCACUGGUUGGGGCCAUCUAUUCGAAGGGUCUGACUCUUUCAAGCCAGUCGAGACAGUGUCACUCAAGCGGUGAGAUCAUUAAUUUCAUGACUGUGGAUGCUGAGAGGAUAGGGGAUUUUAGCAGGUCUAUGCAUGAUCUAUGGAUGGUUCCAAUCCAAGUCGGUUUAGCCUUGAUUAUCUUGUACAAAAACCUUGGGCUUGCUUCAGUUGCAGCUUUUGUUGCCACUGUCAUUGUAAUGCUGGCAAAUGUUCCUCUGGGUGCAAUGCAGGAGAAUUUCCAAGAAAAAUUGAUGGCGUCAAAAGAUAAAAGGAUGAAAGCAACAUCAGAGAUACUUAGGAACAUGAGAAUUCUGAAGCUCCAAGGCUGGGAAAUGAAGUUUUUGUCUAAGAUUAUUGAUCUCAGGAAAAGCGAAGAAGGAUGGUUGAGGAAGUAUGUCUAUACAUCAGCCAUGACCACCUUUGUUUUUUGGGGUGCGCCCACGUUUGUGUCCGUGGUCACUUUCGGAGCGUGCAUGCUUAUGGGAAUUCCACUGGAGUCGGGGAAGAUUCUAUCAGCACUUGCAACGUUCAGGAUUCUACAAGAGCCUAUUUAUAAACUCCCUGACACAAUUUCAAUGGUAGCUCAGGCUAAAGUUUCACUUGAUAGAAUUGCCUCAUUCCUCUGUCUCAGUGACCUUGAAGACAACAUAGUCGAGAAACUUCCAAGAAGUGCUUCUGGUAUUUCACUUGAAAUUGAAAACGGGAAUUUCUCGUGGGAUCUCUCUUUGUCAACUCCUACAUUGAGAGAUCUAAAUAUUCAAGUAAAUCAUGGCAUGAGAGUAGCUGUCUGCGGUACUGUUGGCUCAGGAAAGUCGAGCUUUCUUUCCUGCAUCUUAGGAGAGGUACCCAAGGUAUCUGGUACGGUUAAGAUUAGCGGAACAAAGGCUUUUGUUGCUCAGUCCCCAUGGAUACAGAGCGGAAAGAUUGAGGAUAACAUUUUGUUUGGUAAGGAAAUGGACAGGGAAAUGUAUGGCAGGGUCCUCGAAGCAUGUUCACUGAAUAAGGACUUGGAGAUUUUGUCUUUUGGCGAUCAGACAGUCAUAGGGGAAAGGGGAAUCAAUUUGAGUGGUGGACAAAAACAAAGAAUACAAAUUGCUCGUGCUAUAUACCAGGAUGCUGAUAUUUAUCUGUUUGAUGAUCCUUUUAGUGCAGUCGAUGCUCACACGGGAUCACACAUUUUUAAGGAAUGUCUACUUGGGCUUUUGAGUUCCAAAACUGUGAUUUAUGUUACACAUCAAGUGGAAUUCUUACCUUCUGCCGAUCUUAUUUUGGUUUUGAAAGAUGGGAAGAUUACUCAAGCAGGGAAAUAUGAGGAUAUUCUCAAUUCAGGAACAGAUUUUAUGGAACUGGUUGGUGCACAUGAAAUAGCAAUGUCGGCCCUUGAUUCUUUUGAGGCAGGAGUUAAAAUAACUGGUGCCGGAGAGAAUUUUCAGCAAGUGGCGCAUAAAAAAGAAGAUAAAAGAGAAGAACAGGAAUUUAAAGCUGAUGAAACAGUAGUGCCACAAGGCCAGCUGGUUCAAAAAGAAGAGACAGAGAAAGGCCAAGUUGGUUUUUGGGUGUAUUGGAAAUAUAUAACCACUGCAUAUGGAGGUGCACUUGUACCACUGAUACUGCUAGUGCAGGUAACUUUCCAGACCCUUCAAAUUGGGAGCAAUUACUGGAUGGCUUGGGCAACCCCGAUAUCAAAGGAUGUAGAAUCUCCGGUUAAAGGCUCCACUCUCAUCCUAGUAUACGUUCUGUUGGCUGUAGGAAGCUCCCUUUGCGUUCUUGUGAGGACCACUCUUGUUGCAACUGCUGGAUACAAGAAUGCAACUCUGCUCUUCAACAAAAUGCAUCUUUGUAUUUUUCGAGCUGCCAUGUCAUUUUUUGAUUCCACACCGAGUGGAAGGAUACUAAAUAGAGUUUCUACAGAUCAAAGUACAGUGGAUACCAAAAUUGCAACUCAAAUGGGAUACCUUGCCUCUUCAACAAUACAACUUCUAGGGAUAAUUGCAGUAAUGUCACAAGUUGCAUGGCAGCUCUUCAUCGUGUUUAUCCCCGUAAUUGCUAUAUGCAUUUGGUACCAGCGAUAUUACAUAUCCACCGCUCGAGAUCUAGCUCGUUUAGUUGGAAUCUGCAAAGCUCCAGUUAUUCAACAUUUCGCUGAAACUAUAUCGGGAUCAACAACAAUAAGAAGUUUUAGUCAGGAACCAAGAUUUAUGGACACAAACCUGAAGUUGACGGAUGCUUGUUCCCGACCUAAAUUUUACAGCGCAGUUGCAAUGGAGUGGCUAUGCUUUCGCUUGGACCUGUUGUCAUCCAUUAUAUUUGCCUUGUCAUCGAUUUUCUUGAUCUCCAUGCCACAGGGUGUAAUUGAUCCUGGUGUUGCAGGUUUAACGGUGACAUAUGGACUUAAUCUGAACAUGUUACAAACAUGGGUUAUUUUGAAUCUUUGCAAUGUCGAGAAUAGAAUCAUAUCAGUUGAGAGAAUACUUCAAUACUCAUCCAUUCCUAGUGAGCCUCCCCUUGCUAUUGAAGCAAGUAGGCCAUUGCAGGAUUGGCCAUCUCAUGGAGAAGUUGAUAUUCGUGAUCUGCAGGUUCGUUAUGCUCCACACAUGCCUCUUGUAUUGAGGGGUCUUACAUGUACAUUUCAUGGUGGAAAGAAGACAGGUAUAGUCGGGAGAACAGGUAGUGGUAAAUCAACUCUCAUUCAGACACUGUUCCGCAUUGUCGAUCCAUCUGCUGGUCAGAUUCUCAUAGAUGGUGUUAACAUCUCCACCAUUGGACUGCACGACUUGAGAUCAAGAUUAAGUAUAAUUCCCCAAGAUCCAACCAUGUUUGAGGGUACUGUGCGAAGCAACCUAGAUCCGCUGGAGGAAUACACCGAUGAACAGAUUUGGCAGGCUCUAGAUAAAUGCCAACUGGGAGAAGAAGUACGGAAGAAAGAAGGAAAGCUUGAUGCUUCAGUUAUUGAAAAUGGUGAGAACUGGAGUAUGGGCCAGAGGCAACUAGUUUGUCUAGCGAGAGUACUUUUGAAGAAGAGUAAAAUCUUGGUGCUUGAUGAAGCUACCGCAUCUGUCGACACUGCUACUGAUAAUCUUAUCCAGCAAACACUCAGACUGCAGUUUUGGGACUGUACUGUUAUCACUAUCGCGCAUAGAAUAACUUCUGUACUUGAUAGUGACAUGGUCCUACUGCUAGAUCAUGGGCUUGCUGUGGAAUACGACUCUCCAACUAAAUUACUAGAAAACAAGAAAUCUUCAUUUUCAAAGCUCGUGGCAGAGUAUAGCUCGAGAUCAGGUUCAAGUUUUCUGACAUGAUCGAGCUUUCGAUUUUAAAUGGUAACCUCUUAUUAUUAUUAGCCCACAAAUUUAGUUUCAUAUUCAUGAUUGUCAGAGAGGAUGGUGAUCCCAGUUUUUUGCUUGACAGACCCCUCAUUAUUACUUUUAUGAAUACAAAAUCUAGUGAUGUAGUAGAAAGAUAGUGCGUAAAAAUGAUUUAUUUCAUUCUGUGUAU